UCGCUUGCGGGUCGCGGCCAGCCGGCAGGCGGCACCAAAACUUUGAAUGCCUUAUGCCAUUCGCGCGGCGCCGUCGCCAUGGAUUGACGUGUUGUUAAAUUUAACCGACAUCUAAAAAAAGUUUACUGCUUUUGUUGCCCGCGCAUGUUAAUCAUGAGACAAAACUUGUAAAUGUCUAAUAAAGUUGUGCGGUGAUUCAGAAGUGGUCAAAUAUUAGUGUGUGUGAAGUGCUUUUUGUAAUUUACCGUUGCGACUUGCGAUUGAACGUUACUGUAUCAAUAAAAAAACGCAAAAACGACUCGUGCUUAACGCAAGAGAGGGCCGUAUAUGGUCGUCGAUUCUUUGGUCUGGCGUUAACCGGUGAAAGUAGACCUUUAAGUUCAUAAGGACAUAGGCUUGUAACUAACUCGAAACGAAGUGUUUCGCGUUCAGUUGAGAGAAUAAGGUCGUGUCGGGGUCGCCGGUAACCAUGGACGCCGGCGUGGAAACAAACCCAUAAACUAGCGGGCAGUGCGGAUGUCGGGCGGCGGCGCGGGGCUGAUGUCGUGCGUGCGCGAGGGCUCGCUCGAGCCGCCCUACCGACCGCCGCACGCCGACAACAACACUCAUGGCGAAGGGCGCACCGGUCGGUUCCUGCGCGGGCUGCGGCGUAUGUUCCGGCGGCGGGGCUCGCGCGUCGACAGCGAGCCCGACCCCAAGAGCAGCUCCACCAGCGAGCUGCUCGACACAGACCGACACAACAAGAGAAAGGAAGGGGCGUAUGGCAGCGGUCUCUCCGUGUCGCACGACUCGGUGUUCACCGCGGAGCGCUCGGGCGACGAGUCCAGCGACGAGCGACCGACACCCGCGCACCCGCUGGCCCAUGUCGCCGCCUCGCAUCGGGCGGAGCUGGUGGCGGCUGUGAGGAGACGCGGGCGCGGCGACAGCGACGAGGAGGAGGACCUGGGCCUGCCGCAGAGCCCCCCCGCCUCCCCGCCCACCGACAAGGCUGAUAAGCGGCACCAUGCUGGCAUAUCGCAGUCUUCCUUCAGCGAUGGCUCCCUCCUCAGCGUGGGCUCGUCGGAAAUGGACGAGGACAGCAGCAGCGGGAUACACCACUCCCACGACCACUCCACCAGGAGUGACCAGUCAGAUACAUACAAUACAUCCGAGCCACCAACGGGCGUGGCGCCACUGUCGCACUCUGCCGCCAAACACAAGAUGGCGGUGAGGCCGCGACGCACGCACGGGGCACCCCGCAGGAACAAAGCAAACUCUUUAGCCGCAUCUGCCUUGCCCAUAACGCCCGAACUCAACGAAGAAAUCAUACGAAGCACCACUCCAGAUGUCACAAUUAAGACUACAGAAGUCGUUACUGAAUCGUUCUCUACAUCGACAACUACGAAGCACCACAUGAUCGUCAAAGAACAACACCAGCUAAUAAAUAAAGAAUUACAGAAAGUACUCGAAACUCCAAAUGACACCAAACUUAAAUCAUCUUCUCUUCCUCCAGGAUUGGCUCUUAACCAUCUUGGACAGUCGCAGGCAAAACUAAGUAUUGCUGAAUCAAAUACGCCACGCUCUUCAAUAAAAAGAAGUAAGUCCAGUACACAAGAUCAAAUAAGAGAGUGUUCACCGAAACCUAAUGAUCGUCAAAGCUUACAACCCGAACAGCAAACUGUAAAAUAUCGACAUGACAAAAAAUAUGCUGAAGAAACUUGCCUUGAAAAGAAAUCAAAAUCUGAAAAGAAAAUUGAAAACGAAGUCAUAAGGUCUUCGAAGAAAGAGGAAUCGUUUUUCAGUAGACUUUUGUUGAGAAAAAGUGGCAAAAAAUCUAAGAAAGAACAACCAGACGGAGAGUGCCAACAAGAGUUUAAGAAAACUAAAAUGGAAAAAUCUUCAACUCAAUAUAAAUGUAUCGACGCAGAGAAAGGUUUGCACUACGAAGAAGUAGGACAAAAUUACAAGCCUGUUGCUGCCGAACGCACUUAUAAGUCUGCUGGUCAGAAAGUUUUCGCUAACCAAAUGCAUAAGAGAAUUGAUAACAAAGGAGCAUAUGUACAUGAUGGGGCAUAUAAGGACGUAUAUAGCGCAGCAAUUGUUUCUGGAAUGGAAUGUAAAAUAACGGAUCUCAAAGCUGCUGAUGAGACAGAUAAAUUACUAAAUUCUGACUCGAAAAGCAGAAUCAGCCGCUGUGAAGAAUACAGUCAUGAGCGAAUAGAGAAGAUAGAAAGAAGACGGUCAUCUUCCAAAGAAGCAAUUGACGACAUUAAAAAGGAAUCAUUUAGUCUUCACCAUGAUAAAUCUAAGAGGCCAGCGUCAGUUCAGAGACUUAUAGAUCCUUACGCUACUAAAGCAUUUAUAGCAAACGAAUUAGCUUGUAGAGUAAAAGAAGAAUGUCUAUCACCAGCGCUUGAAAAAGAGGAAGAUGAACCACAUAGACACGGCAUACAAAUUAAUAAUAGUAAGCGCGAUUUUGUUUUCCAUAGUGGUAGCAUGCCUAAAAAUAUUCCUUACUUUAAUCCAAGUCUUUCGGUAUCAACAUCCCCUAAAAAGCAUAUAACGCACAGUUCAGAAAACGUAAAAUAUAUGAGUCGGUCUUCAGAGUACAAUGAUUUCCGAGAAAGAGAAAUAACUUAUAAGAAAGAACUACCACAAAUUGUACCUAAAAAGGAAGACUCCUACAUAGCUGCAUGUAUGCGCACACUGGGUGAAGAUCACGUGGAGCAUAGGAACAGCAUUGGCAAGUCUCACAGUUUUCGCUAUGCCUCUGAAUCGCCUUCCAUAAGUUCCCAAGACAGUCAAAUGCCCAGUCUACCAACCAUAGUCGGUAUUUCAGAACCUCUUCUAGAAAGUUGGGAAGUGAACUAUAGGAGGAACUUAAGUGAAAGGCAAGAUUAUGCAAAAAGAAUUAGCGCGAGAAACUAUAAUAUUCAUGCCAGUCCUGAAGUGAACUAUGAUAGCUUACCAAGUACUGAGAGCAGUUAUCUCGACAGUCUCAAAACAGAUCUAAAUGACGAGACAAAAGCUUUCACAAACAGUAUCCAAGUAACGAUGGAUAUUCAUAAACGUGAUAGUGAUAUUUCGCAGAUUGAGGCGAAAAUUGAUGAUAUUAUUAGCUCUCCUAAGCCGUUCAUUGCUCCAAUACUUAAGUCUAACUCUCUGGAUAGCAUUAAAGGGAGUCCCGAAAAGACAGUUGACGACAGGCGAAAGACUAUUUCUGUUGAAAGCGCUUUAAGUCAAAGCAGUAAAAGCACAUACGUCAAGGAAAAAUCUGAAGAAAGUUUCGUUUCUGUGACUCAUGUGAAUAAGGAAAAUUCUUCAACGUUAAAGGCAAUUGACAGCUCUAAAUCUAACAAAAGUGAUGAAAAAAUACAAAAAAUUGGAAGUUUUAAACCAGGUGUGCCGGAAUUUCUAAACGUUCAGUUAAAUAAAGUAGAUGUGAAACCAGCAACACAUGUAGUACUUACAGCUAAUGUAAUACCAAAGAAAAUUGAUAGUCCACCAGCUGAAAAAGAUCAAAACAUCGAAUCUUUUUUAAUCUCGGAAAAUAAAAUCGUUAAUUCUGCAGUCAAAUCUGUUAAAAGUUACGAAAACAUAAGUACUACAGUUUCCGAGGACAAGAAUUCGAAUGUCGUUAUGAGAACUAGUCCUACGACCCCUAGAAGUCCCGUUACACCUAAGCAUUUCAUGAAGAAGAAGUCAAUAAGUAUUGAAUCACAAGAUCGAGUAGAAAAACCUAGAACUUGCUCUGUCAGUACGAUAGGAAGUAAUGAUAUAAUAGAUGACAAUAUAUCGCUUGAUAGAAAAUCGCACUCCAGUUUUGGAAGCAAGAGUUCGAUUCAAAGUACUGACAGCAAUGAACAUAAAAUACCAGACCGCCACGAUGAAACAGUCAUAUUUCGAAAAAAAACCGUGAUAAAUAGAGAAUCAAAAAGUGACAAAAGUAAUGACGAUGAACCUGAACUUAUGAAAGUUUUUGCUCGAAGAUCUCUCAAACUUAAAGAUAGUGAAGUUGAUAAUUUAGCUCAAGAAAUCGCAGAUGCCAGUGCAAAAAAAGAAGUUGAUAAUAAUGCUUCCAAAACAAAAAUACUCAAAAAUGAAUUUAACGCCUCCAUUAAAUCGAGAGAUAGUGAUAAGGAAAACGAAGAUAGUAAAGAGGAAACAGUUGAAAACAAAUUUGUCGAUAUCGCUACACGAGUCAGUCAGUUUGGAGUGCCGCAUUAUCAAAGGAGUGUUAGCAUACAAAGUGUUACUACAAAACGGGACAGCGCUCCUGUUUUUAGAAACGAAGUUAACAAAUACAAGAAAGAAGUUUCUGAUUCCACACCAGAGAAACGAUUGAGAAACAGAACGUUCCCUGAUCCUUCGAACGAUCGCGAAGAUAUAAAGAACAUCGCAAAGAGCGAAGCGAUGGCUUAUAAAGCUGAUACUCUUACUAAGCGGCCAUGGCAAACGAAAGACGAUUUCAGACAAUCGGUAGAGAAAGAGAAACGCGACAGUACUGUGAUAGAAAAAGAUGGCGAGAGUGAGAAAAGUGAAAGUGGAAAAGAAAGGUCAGUCGAAGAGGCGGAUGCAUCACCACAGUUUAAAGGAAUUUUACAAAUGAGAGCCGAAUGGGAGCGACGGGCGAAACAAGGGAUGACCAAAUGAAUCAAGGUGCUAGUAAGGUAUUGAUAGGUAGUUCGGUAUUGUGUUUUCUAGUUGUAGACAAAAAUAGAUAUAACAGGCCUAUGAGUCAGUACAUGUAUGCGAUACAUCAACAUUGUUGAUUUUAUAGUUUUCUAGAUUAUAAAGUUUAUCUAUUUAGUUGUAAUACGUACUACUAAUAACUAGUAGUCUAAUUGUUUAGAGAAUUAAAAAAUUACAAUGACUUAGGACAUAUCGCCGAUUGUAAUCAUUUGCCAAAUAGAAAUAAUGAACAUUUCGUGUGAAUAAGUAAUACACCACUACGUAUUUAUUUAUAGGGGGACUGGAGUCUUGUAUUUAUUAUUUUAUUUAUGUGAUUAAUAAAAAUGACGUAAUUCAUUUAUUUUAUAUCUAAUGGACGCAUUUUUACUGAUAUUAUUAUGAUUUCGUUAAAGUAAUCAAUAAGAAAGUAGACGUAGGUGGUACUCGACUAGUUGAGACUUGAUCUCUUUAAGGUUUUAAGUUUGCUGGCAAAUUAUAAUUUACUACUCCUUUAAUUGAUUUAUUAUCAGAAUGUUUGAAAUAUAAUUUUCUAAAUUUUAAAAGUAAAUACAAUAGGUCUGAGAGGUCGAGAAGCUUAAUAAACUAUCCGGUCCCCGGUUUAGAGAGCACUAAAUGUAAACCCCUAGUAAAGUCAAAAUAUAUUUUUCCAGAAAUUUCCAGUAUAGAUGUUACUUAACAUAGAUAUAAAAUUGUAGAUCCACAUAUUCUCAGAAUAACGUAUAAAUAGAAUGCUAACGUUCGUUGUUAAGCCAAUGUAUUUUUGAGUGUUAUUAAAACGAUAUAUCGUAUUAUAUUUUAUUAAAGACUACUUAUGUAUUCGACAUUUCUGAAUUGUGAAAUACAAAUUUUAUUCCUAUA